CAGAGCUUUUAAAAUAUCUUCUUUAGUUGAUACGUUGAUUUGUCAAGGUGCUAUUUCACUUAACGUAUCAGCUUGGCUGUGAAAUGUUGUUUAUGAACACGAAUAAACCGUGUUUUAUGCCAAAAACUCUUGAACGUCGAAUGGGGAGUCGUUAUAUCGCUGUAUUCCAUUCUACAGCAGGAAGAAGUGGAUGGAUUAUUGAAAAUGAUAUCUGCAGCUAAGAUGCACGGACUAGUGAUUAUGGAGGCGUGUCCCAGUUCUGAACUGGACGGUGGUGGGAUUGCCACGCCCUCUUUAUCCUCCGCAAUCGGAUACGCCUUUGUGCCGUCCCUCCAUCUGAUGCCGGAAAUGGAAGAUCCCCGGUCUGUGACGUCACUAAGUAUUCAAUCUAACCCGAUAAUACGUUCUUCUCCAGCCAUCAUGGGAUAUUCCUUUGUUCCUCCAUUUCAUUUGAUACAAGAAGUAGAUUCGAAACCAAACACAUCGGGAAACUCCGAGAAGUCUUCGGCGAAGAAGGCGUCUUCCAGUUUGCUGAUGGAGAAAACCUUCUACAAAAACAUUUCGAACACGUUACCGAUAAAAAUAAGGCAGAUUUCGUACAAUUCUGAUGAAAUGGAAACACCCAGGCAAAUUACAAUGUCACAAAUGCAUCGGAAAAACCAUCGGGUUCAGAAGGAGUUCGAAACUUGGAAUAAAGAUAUUGCCAAACAAGUUGACCACUGGAUGAAAGAUAAACCAGUUCAGAGCGGAUUUCUUGGUUCUCUGUCCACCCAACGAGCUCCGCUUGUUAGUAAAUCUCAAUCUGUGAAAAGGAAAAAACUGCAGAAAAAGCGGUUUAGAAUGAAAGAUAACGAUGACGCGAUGACGUCUCGAGAUUCCGAAUCGGAGUUUUCUCUGGAUAGUGAAACUUUUCGAAGCAGACGAUCGCGUGGUCGUCCGCCAGUAUCCAAAUCCUUGUCGUCCAGUAAGGACAACGCAAACGAUACAACGUCAGUCUUUGGGAGCAUACAUAAUGAAAUUGAAUUCAAGAAACGAUAUCGUCGAAUGUUUGAUCUUAACAAGCACCUACAGUUUGUGAAUUCUGCAAAUGGAUUGAUGGGAAAACAAAUUUUAAGGAAGACGCACCGCCUCCCGCCUAUGACUAAAGAACUUGCAAAAUCACCCCAAAAACUGGAAUGCUCCGAAUUAUUCGCAAUCACCACUGUACAACAAUCAAAUGAUCCAAGUGAUUUUAAAACACCAUCAACCCAAAAUGUCUACCAUAGCCUCGAAUCCACGGACCUUACCGACAGCGGCUACGACCAAACACAGCUCAGCUCGAGGGAAGUGAACACGUCAUCAAGAAAGGAUUUAUUGGAUGACGAUCGCCACAGCAACAUGUCCUGGCGUCCAAACAAGACCUCAAAACCGGAAGUCUUCAAAUUUGGAAAAUUACCAAAGAUUUCGAACAACACCAUUGAAACCAAUUCAAGCAGAGAUAGACUCUCAACCAAAGACAGUGUGGAAAUGAAAUCCAUUACAACCCGCUUAAAUGACUCGUUACAGAAAUGUGCCUCGUGGGUAUCCGAGACAGACUCUGUAAAUGAUGAAUUCUCCGAAGUUCGGGAGAUGAAAGUUACCAUAAAUAUAAAGUACAAAGCCGAAGACAGAGACAAGAGAAAAUCAAAGAAAUCACUGGUAGUCAUGGAUGACACAUCGCUGAACUUAACACCUUUUGAUAAGGCGAAAAACAUGUCUAAAGUAAAUGAACAAGAGAAUUUUCCGGGAAUGUUAAGUGAAUAGUGUCUAUGUAUUUACAUCUAUUAUACAAAUCAUUCAUUUUAUUUCAUCAGUUCAAUUUUUCUUUUUAUAAAUAUCAAAGAAAC